GACGCACCUCCGGCAUGUUGAGAGGACGCUGUCUCGUGCCAGUCUUGGCCUGCCUCUCCGGCGUGGUCUUCGCUGCAGAGAAUCUUACCUGUCCCGACUACAUCGCCUACGCAACCGAACAUCAUGGCCCAUACUCCGAAGGGAGAUUCAACUUGUCAUAUCAACGCCCCGCUACACGCUGUCGAACAUUCAAUUCCUCGAUCGUCGAAAGCACUAUAGAUCGCAUCAAGAAAGAGAUUGCGGAUCCGGACUUGAAAAGACUGUUUGAGAACACCUUCCCAAACACUUUGGACACGGCAGUCAAAUGGAAGGGCUAUGCGAAGAAUGCCACUGCGGGAGAGGAGCUGACCUUCCUGAUCACUGGCGACAUCAAUGCCAUGUGGCUUCGCGAUAGCGCGAAUCAGGUUCAAUCGUAUUUGCCCUUGCUCGAGGCAUCGGAUUCUCCAGACUCUCUGGCCUCCCUGUACCGUGGUGUCAUCAAUCUCCAGGCUCGUUACCUCCUCACCGAUCCGUAUUGCAACAGCUUUCAGCCGCCCGCAGAAUCAGGCCUUACUCCCAGUUAUAAUAGCUACGGGGCUGCAGAUGUUGUGACUCCACCUUUCAGCAAUCAGUCAGUCUUCGAGUGCAAGUAUGAGCUUGACUCACUGGCAGCUUUCUUGGAGGUUUCCUACGACUAUUACAAUGCUACCCAAGACGCCGAGUUCUUCGGAAAGUAUAACUGGGUCAAGGCUGUGGAAAGCGUUCUGCAAGUGGCCGACCACAUGUCGGUGUCGACAUACGAGCCAAAUGGCUUCGUGCAGAAUUUGACGUACACGUGGAAGAGAACGACCGAUACCGCUACGGAGACGCAAGCCAAUCUUGGCCGUGGCAACCCAUUCAAUAACGUCACUGGUCUAGUCAGGUCCUUUUUCCGACCGUCUGACGACGCAACCAUCUAUCAGGGCUUCAUCCCGGCCAACAUGAUGUUUGCGAGAUUCCUGGAGGGCACAGCUCCGAUUGCGUCCAAGAUUGGUCAGACUGAUCUAUCAAAGAGGAUGACUGACCGGGCGUCUGGCAUACGGAAGGCUAUUGAGCAAUGGGGCAUAGUCGAUACUCCAGCAUUCGGCAAGAUCUAUGCUUUUGAGGUCGAUGGCUAUUUCGGCCAGAACAUCAUGGACGACGCCAAUAUCCCAUCGCUACUUUCUGCACCAUUCAUAGGUUACCUCGACGUCGAUGACAAGGUGUACCAAAACACGCGAAAACUCAUUCUCAGCGCUGCAAAUCCAUACUUUAUGCGUGGCCCUGUGAUCAAUGCUAUCGGUGGACCUCAUGCAGGCUUGGGCUACGCUUGGCCAAUGGCAGCAAUUGUUCGCAUCCUCACUACGAGCGACGAUGCUGAGAUCACUGAACAGCUACGUGAGAUCGUAAGCAGCACAGAUGGACUUGGACUGAUCCAUGAGAGUAUCAACACCUUUAAUGUCAGCGAUUGGACGAGACAAUGGUUCUCGUGGGCGAAUGGACUGUUUGGUCAGGCGAUCUUGGACUUGAGCGACAGAAAGCCUGGGAUUCUCAAGCAGAGCUUUCAGACAGACAGCGCGUCUUAUACAUAAGAAAAAUACGAGGAAUUAAAGAAUGA